AAAUACGGCAAAUAAAGAGAUGGACAGAAGGAGGAGACACUUCUAUGAAUGCACUAUAGUAAGGAAACCAAGAUCAAGCCUCACGCCAAACAAGAUAGCGAUGGGAUUAUGGCUCCAAAGAACACAUUAUUCAGCACAAAUAAACAUUUCCUGAUCAGGGCAGAGUAGGGGGUGGGCAUUGUGCAAUCGAGGGAUUUCCAGCCAUUGCUCUAGAAAUGUACAAUCUUAAAUAUCACGAACUAUGCUCUUGUGAAAGCAAGUAUUGCACAAUAGUGGGGUUCGGCAAAGCCCUUUCCCAAGGCAAGAAUUUCCUCAUUCCUGUUUACAUGACUGUUUGGGAUUGCCAUAUAUAUAAGCCCCUCCACCGCCACUUGCCUCUGUUUCACCCAGAGGAGCGGCCAAGAAAGUUCUGCAAGGAAAGAUGACAGCCUUGACUGGUUUCCGCCUGGCUCUGACACUCUUGGUGGUUGUGUCUGUGGAGGAGAGAGGAAGCUUUGGACAGGAGGCAGAAACCAGCUGCUGUGAACAGCUGAAGGGCCUAUCACAUUGUGGACCAGGUGGGAUCUUUUUCCAGGGCCAGCCAGGGAUACCAGGACUACCAGGUGUGCCCGGAACAAGCGGAUCACUUGGGCCUAAGGGUGACCCAGGCCCUCAGGGUCCUCCAGGUGAGAAAGGUGUUGCUGGGAUGCCUGGGAAAGCUGGACCCAAGGGAGACAAAGGAGACAAAGGAGAAGACUGCAGUUUGGACACUCCUGCUGGUUGUAAGCCGCAAGAGGCUGGAGCCAAAGACUGCAAAGAACUUCUGGAACGUGGAGAGACCCUGAGUGGCUGGUACACCAUCUAUCCUGCCACAGGGAAAGCAAUGGUGGUCUUCUGUGACAUGGAGACGGACGGAGGAGGCUGGCUGGUCUUCCAGAGGCGACAGGAUGGGUCGGAGGAUUUCUACCGUAACUGGGAGUCCUACAAGAAAGGGUUUGGGAGCCACGCGUCAGAGUUCUGGUUGGGCAAUGAUAAAAUCCAUCUUCUUACAAGCUCUGGAUUACAACAAUUGCGAAUUGACGUGAAGGACUUCAAUGACACUAGAACUUAUGCUACAUAUACCAGCUUCAAAGUCUUGAGUGAGAGGGACAACUACACACUGGAAGUGGGCUCCUAUUUAGAUGGCAACAUGGGAGAUUCUUUCUCAGGACACGGGGGCAUGGCCUUCUCCACCCGAGACAAGGACAACGAUACCAACGAAAAAGGCAGCUGUGCUGUGGCUUACAAGGGGGGCUGGUGGUACAGUGUCUGCCACUCUUCCAACCUGAAUGGCCUGUACCUCAAAGGCGAACAUUCUUCUUAUGCUAACGGCAUCAACUGGUCUGCUGGGCGGGGGCAUCAUUAUUCUUACAAAUAUGCAGACAUGAAAUUUAGACCUCAAUAGGUGAAGUGUCCACCUGUUCAGGAACUUGCUUCUGCAUUCCAUGCCUGGCAGGGCAAUCUCUGAAUGCGGAAUCAUCUGCUUUUAAAAUACAACACACACAGAGGCCCUCCUUGGAGCACACGGCACUGCAGUGGCCUGAACAGGAAGAGGCCAGUCUGAUGAAGCACCUGGUUGUCACUUGCAUAAGGCUGCCUUUCAUUCCCCUUGUAUGAAUGGUAGAAAGGAUCCCACAGUGAACAUUUCGAAUGGACAAAUUGUGGCUGGCUGCUUGCUUUGAAACACCCACAUAAAGCAACAGCCUUAUGCUGAACUGCAGCGCUGGUGGGUGUUGAACACCACACAAGAAGUUUACAUGCCGGUUCAAAUGCUUUUUAAAAAUGAUGUAAAAUGUUCUCAUUAUUUUUAUAAAUUCCUAGUCUAUGGCAUGAAGAUGAACAGAGUUCCCAUGUUUUGUUUCGUUAUUGUCGCUUGGGUGCUUUAUCAAUGCACAUUGGUAAAGCAACACAUCACAAAAUGAUGCAUUUUCAUAUGUACAGUCAUAUCAAUAAUGGUUUUAUACAGAGUUUUGUCGGUGCACAUUGAUAAAUGGAGUGGGGUUGGGGAGAUACGAAGGAACCAAAAGUUGUAGCAAACAGCACAUUUGCAAAUAAAAAACUAGAACAAUGCAGAGUUCCUAAUUGAUCAGUU